AUGGCCUCGACCAUCUGCAAGAACGCAUCCAGCAAGUUCAAGGGCACUUGUCAGCUGCUUAGAUCAGCUGUGGAGCUGGUAUGCCUGGAGACGGCACUGCCCUGUGAGCCUCGCCCGAGCAUCGCCUUCGUGGCUGGAACGUGGUUUGCGGCGAAGGUUUCACAGCGCGGGCUGCAGGCAGUGAAGGAUGGCUCCACGGACAGGAGUCCCGGGGGAUUGGGUGAGCUUCUUGCCCUUCUGGCAGUUCUCGAUUUCUUGACUUCUGAAUCUUCCGGCCUUGGACGCCAGAGCAGCAUCUUUGCCACCGCCACCAGAAUGGUUACAUUGAAAGCUUGCCAAGAGUGUCUUGCCAAAGUAGAGCUCCAGCUGAUCUUUGGGCCACCAGAAGCAAAGCCUGUGCGCGCAACUGGCGUCAUGCGCCUACUGCAGCUGGAAGGUGAAGAAGCCUUGCUCAGAAUGCUGCAGAAGAUGUUGCCGAAGCAAGCCUCACGCAAGGAUUUCGAGCAGCUUCAGGAGCCCGUCCAGCUGCUUCUGGCCGCGGCUCAGUGUCUCUUCUCAGAGGAUGAGGAAGAGUCACUGCGCCGAGUUUUAGAGACACUUCGCUUGGAAUCGGCUUCGCCCGUGUCCUCCGCCGAGCUGAAAGCGGCAUUUGGAGAUACGAGCCCUCUACUUUACAUGGGCGUGGAGCUGUAUCGCAGCGGAGUUGAGCAGAUUCUGGCAUGCUUCAGCUCCUGGACAGGCUACUUUGCUUUUGACGAGGAGCUGCAGCAGCAUGACAUCAAAGGAUCCGUGACGAUAUUGGAGACUUCAGCGGUCUCGUGCUAUGACAGCUCUUUUGGAGAGACAAGGUUACUCUCUGCCUGCCCGCACGCGAGCUGCGUUCAAGAGCUGCGUCGCCACAUUGGCCAACGCCUGCUGGAGCAUCGCUUCGAAAGGCUCGGCGGCCGGUUCUUACAUCACGGCGGUCCCACUGAUCAGCUCAAGGAGCGGAAGUGGAAUCGUCUCUUCGAUUCCGUCGACAGCGAUCACAAUGAGAAGAUCUCGAUGGAAGAGUGGUGGAAGGCCAUGGAGGAUGACUGCAAUGUUGAGCUCAGGGAACUCUUCCAAUUCGAAAAUGUCAAAAUGAAGAAGCUCGUGCAAAAGCUGUUCAAAAGCUCUGUCCACGCAGAAGCAGAGAGUUCCUUAUCCCGGGAAGACUUUGUGCUGGCUUGCAGGAUGGCAGAGCAGGAUGAGCUUAUGUGGCACUUCGUGUACAUGAUCGCAGACCACGAGAUGGAGAGCGCAGACGAUAGGUCCGCUGGAAGGUCCGGUGCAACAACCAAAGAAGACCUGGUGGCAUCGAUUGUAAAUUGGAACAGACACAACAUUGAAGAGGGCUUGGAAAAGGAGCAUAGCAUCUUUGCGACCUAUUCAGAUCACUUGGGUGUCUGGAAGAGGCUUUCGCAAAGUCCCUUGGAGGCCUGGAGCAAGCAUUGUGCUGGUAUCCGAAGGCGCCUGAAGGAGAUCGAGGAGGCAGUGCAGAGCCAGGAUUUUGUGUAUCUUCCCGGGUGCGAUGACACAGAGGAGGUGCUGAGGGGGUCAUUCUCUGAGCAGCUCUUUGUCAAAGUGGCUUUCAGCAAAAGCAAGAGCCGGCAGGAUGUGGCGAUCUUCACCCAGCUCAUCCUCCUACAGUGCCACGUCAUGGAGUCGGUCUGGAGAUCACUCUUCCCAAAGCGCUGUCAGCAGGCCACACGUGAAGUCGUGGAGCAGUGUCCAGACCUUUGGUUGGGCAUCGACUACGUCUUCAGCAAGCACAGUGAGCGCAGUUCUCGUGCCAUUUUCUUCUCUCCACAGGGAUUCCAGAAGUGGAGAAACUCUGACAAGUGGAGAGAAAUCUCGGAUCGGCAGGAGACUCUUCAUCAACGAGCAUGCCAAGAGAGUAGAUCGACCGAAAGCGAUUGCGGAACACGAGAAGUCGUCCAAGUUGCCACCGAUGAGGCUGACACGCAGCCCUUUGUACCUCGGCAAGCCGAUCAUCUCUGCAGCCAGCAGUCAGAGGAUGAUGCAGUCCGAAGCGGAAGUCAUCAAACUAACUCCGACAUCCUUGGGCACGGAAGCGCGAGCAAUAUGUCCCCAACCAGUUGCAAGGCUGACACCUCCCCAAAGCAGCCCGAGACUACGAUGGCCCAUCAGCUCUCGCGGGGACUUGAAGCGGUACACCAGCCCCAUACGCCAACCUAUUGGCGUGACUUGUGUCAGACCGUCUACCCUGCCAAGUACCCUGCCAAUCUGUUUGCACCGGCGGCUGAGGAGGUGCGUAGAUGGAGAGAAAACACUCAGGAACACGCACUGGACGCCGGAAGCUAUUUGCAGGCAGAUGCUGCUAUACAUCUCCAGUGUGAAGUGUUGGACAAGCGGGGCGUCCUGGCUACUAGUCCAGAAGGACCUUGCCGAGAGUUCCAAGAUGUUCUUGCCGCUUUCACUGGCUACCGUCCAGAAGACCUUUGCGUGCAGGCGAUGGGAUGUGUCCGUCCUGACACAGACGUGAUUGUGCUGAAGGCAGAAAUCUGCCCGGCGAAUACCUCCAUUCGGGAAUUCCGCGCCAUGCAACAGAGGCAUUUGAUCAAGACUGCAGAGAGCUCGAGAGAGUUCUUCCAAAAGUUCCCCGCCAAUGGCGAUAUUCAUGUGAGCACCAGCUGCUGCAUCGAUAACCAGGGUGGACCAUCGUCGACUGCGUUAGCAGGCUGCCGGAGCUAUUCUCAUCUCGCUGCCCGCAUGGACAUCUUGGAGCCCGCAGAUGUCGUGGACAGCUUGCCCUCGGACCGGGUCCAAGAAGUGCUGAGCCAGCUAUCACUGCUGGGGCUACCGGAACAAGUGCAGGUGCUUCGGGGUGCAUCUGGCACUCGGCGACUUCACUUCAACCUCCGCCCCCGAGUGGAGGCACCGACGCUGGAGGACAUGCGGACACUGCAAACCGAUCUUGUGGAGCUGGAAGCUCGAGGCUUGCCCCAUCUUCUUGGAAACUCCAUGGUUGUCGAAUCCACUCUGCAUCAUCUUCCUGCCGCUCCUGCUUGUGGCAACUCCACGCUGCUCCGCUGCCACCUGGACAUUACAGAUGAGAGCGGCUGGCUCCAUCAGCAUGGAGGUCAUCGUUGUGCUUCCGAAUUUGUCCACAUCCUGAAGAAGAUUGCGUCGCACUACAACCUGAUGAGCCUGGAAUUUAAAAAUGUCCGAAUGUGGCAGCUGAAGUCGAAGAAAGACUACACCAUGGACUUUCAGGUCUUAGCACCGAUUUCCGCGGAAUCCCGUACGAUUCAUCAGCUCAUCUGGUCUCUUCAUCAGAAAGGCCUUGCUGACUGGGCUGCUGUCGAUGCAAGUGAAGCCAUCUUCAGGGGCGUGACUGUCAAACGGCCAGCUCGAGUUUUUGCGACCAGCAGCAUCAACAGUGGCGAGUGCCACUCGUGGCAGCUCUCUCAACCAAGCCAGGAGAGCAAGCAAGGCUUCAUGGUCUGGGAAGAGCUCGAGGUGGUCGAUCGGUUCGGAGCCAUCCAGCGCAACGGUGCCACCCACCUGGUGGCAUUGCUGGCGGACAGCCUACACGUCAUCACUGGCAUUGAAUCGGCACGGGUGAGCAUCCUCAACGUGUCACCAAGGAGUGACCUUCCGAAGCGCACAGCAUCAAGAGAAGGACCAGCGUUGGUGUACAGUGUGAAGCUCGAGAUCGACUUCUCCAGCUGCGUCGCCCAUGAGCAAAACUUGCGAUCCGUCUUGGAAGCUACAAGCAACCUGCACAGCACUGCUGUGCUGCGGCGGUGGGGGCACUUGCCUUUCUUUCAGCAGUAUUUCAUCAUCGGCGUCGUUGUGCACGAAGCCCAGACCUGUGACCAACGGGGUGAGAGGGAAUGGAAGCUGGUGUCGCUCGAACGUGACCUUUUGGAACCUCAGCCAAAGGUCUUGGCUCACCUCGACCUACGAAGCAAGGUGGGCAACUUCCACUGCUCGCAUGGCCGCUUUUGGCCGCUGCGCUUGGCAGACAUGCUCGCCGAAGCCUUGCACCAGGCCUGCGGUGUCGCAAAGAACGACAUUGUGAUCACGUGCAUCCAACUCCGACCAGCAAGUCAACAGCGGAGUGGAUUGGUCACGGACUUCUUAGAGGCCAUGGAGAAGCUGGAACUUGAAGCGAAGGCUGCAUCCGACUCCGAUGAUGAGGAUGUACGAGAUGGCUUCAGAAGAGGACUAUCGGAGAUCUUUUCAGAUGCCUCUUCAGCUUCAUACACUGUAGAAUUCGAGGUGAUGGCACACAGCAUGCACGAUGUUGCUGCAGAGUUGACGCGGCUGUGUACAUCACUUCGAAAGUUCCACAGCCAGGCGGUGCGGCGCCGGUUCGCAGCGCUGCCAUUUUUCCAGGAGUUCGCUUUUGAUGUGGGGCUCCAGCUCUUUAGAUCCAGCAGCUGCCAUAUAGGUGGGGCUUCCAGCAAGCCGCUGGAACAACACAUGCUACCACGCAGGAUGAGCGCCCAAUGCUCACCGGUGGUGCUUGCUGGUCCCUGUGUUCAGAGCCGACUGGACACCUUGGAAGAUUUCAUCGUCCUUGAUGGGUACGCAAACAUUAUCCAGCGUGGCACAGCUCCAUCAGAGUAUGGACCCCCCGUUGCAGAAUCGCAGAUUCAAGAUUGGUUUCUAGAAGCCUUGCAGUACCACUUGCAAGCAGAGAAGCUCGAGGCCUUAACCGUACCAGACGUACGUGGCACAUCACUUACCAUCCGGCCACCAGACAGCAGCGUGCUGGAACCUUUCCACUUCGAUGGACUUUGGCUUCGCGUGACCGGCAUUCGGUCACGGGCGGCGCACACCGAGAAGAUCCAGCAGCGCGUGCUCAAGCCUGCCCAGGUGGGAGCCGAGGCAGCGACCGUGGCUUCGGGAUUUCUUGCCUAUGCCGUGGACUUUGAAGUCCGGCGCCUAGGGGAGAGCACCUCUGUGCCGAAAGCAAGAUAUGCAGCGCUGGCCGAGCAGGUCAGAGCCGUCCUCCAUGGCUGCUUGCUUCACCUGCAUCGUACCCGAGCCCUAAAGAAGAAGCUGAAGUUCUACCGUCACUUUGAGUUUGAUCGCGGCAUCCAGCUUGAUUCGAUCCGAUACAAGGAGUCGCAAAACAGCCUCAUCUGUUCUCCGACCCACUGCGCGCCUUGGGAGGCUAGCUUCAGCACCAAUGCCACCCACCACAGCUCAACACCAAGGACCUUUGCAGUGAGUGUGCGCUUCCACUCGGUCGACUCUACCAAAUCACCUCCCACGGCAUCCUCAGUCAAGACCGGCAUGGCUGCGCUUUUGGGCCUUGAACACUGCCAGCUGGAAGCCGUAGAGGUGGAGAUGAAGGCCUCCUGGUUCGAGGCACAGCUUACGAUCCGGACGCUCUCGCACUCCCCGGCCGUCGAGGAAGUGGAGGCUUUGAGUGCCAAGCUCGCCUCCUUGCAUCACAAUGGAGUGUGCAGCGCAUCGUGCUCUGAACAACUUGGCAGCUGGAAGCCUGUAGCGGUCGUCGCGCCGGCACUAGAUGAGGACCGUAAAGCAGAGCUGGCAGUCGCAAUUCAGCUCCAGCUGCUGCCGUCUGCGGAUAGCGUAUGGCCAGGCAGACCACUGGAUGAAGAGGAGGUGAGGCUCGAACUGGAAAAGCAAACAGGCUUCGAUGGACAUCGGCUGCAGCUGACAAACUUGAGGCAGUCGUCCAGCUGUGCCAAUGUGGAUUUUGCGAUUCUGGGUCUGUGGAGAGAACGGGCCACUCUGCUCAAGGCCUUCUGGGAUGCAGCCGUCCAGAGCAAGAUUCCAAAAAUAAAGCAUUGGUCCGGUUCCGUGGUUGACGUCAAGGUGCUGGAUGCUGCGCAGCUGCGGGGCCGGUGCUCGACAGGACCCACAAGGAGCCUUGGCGCUUCGGAGGAGAUGACUUCAAAGCUUGGUUUGCGUGAAGCGAUCAAGGACUACAUCCACCUAUGCCGCACCGGAGGAACAGGCACAGGUAACCAGGAUCGGCAGUGCAACCCAUACCCGUUUCGCUUGCUGAAGCAUAUCCUGGACAUGUUCGUCAAGAUCGAGGCGCCAGAGGCGGCUGCGAACUCCCGCUACGCAUUCCCCGCCUCGGAAAGAAGAGGUGCUGCACGAUUGCCCAAGCACCACCUUGCCCAACACGGCGUUGCGUCUUCGCUCCUUCAAGAUUUCAGCUCCGUGCUGCUGGAGGUUGUUGAGCUUCAUGGCAAAAUGCUGGGCAGCCAAACAGAGCACGCCAUGAAGGAGUACUUUCUCAGUCAGGACUGGCGGCCCGAGGAGAUGAGGUAUGCAUUGCGAGCACUGACUUGGGUGCUGGCAUAUGACACAAGCAACGCAGAAGCCUACGCCACAUACGGAAGACCCAGCUCUCCGACCAGCAUUCAGGCUGCGCUGUCGCACAGAGCAGUUGGGCUUGCGGAGGCGAUCAGAGUCUAUCAAAAGUUCCUGGGGGCUCUUGAAGAAGAGGACCUCUCACGUGGAAUAUAUCGGCCGUGCAGCAUGUUGCAGAAUCUACUUCUAGCACUGCAGGGUAUCCAGUCGAAGCCAUGCGACGCAACACUUCCUGCUUGGCUGGCAGGCACUGACUUUCUGGAUGAUCUUGGAAGGGUCCUGGAGCGCAGCGGCUACCGCAUGGCAUAUGGGCAUGCGGUGGCCCUUGUCUUCCAGGUGGCGACUCAGAUGACAUGUAAGGCGUACGUCGCCAGGAUGGACUUCCCACGCCACACUGCAGUCAUCUGUGAGAACGUCAACAAGCUCAUGAAGGUCAUGCAGAUGUGGUCUAGCAUCAACCAACACAGCAACGCCACUUGGAGCAUGCCCCUCCAGGAAGCGAUGGACACCAGCCUACCGGAGUUCGUGGAGCUCUUGGAGCGACUCCUGCCGUCGGCGCACGCAAGAAGCCCUGUGGAGAAGCUCAAGGAGUGGACUCGCACGCCGUCGGACAAUAUCAAGGUCAUCCAUGACUUGAUGAGCUCACCACCGCCACGGCCGAUACCGGCCUUUUGCAAGUGCGAGGUUUGA